AAAAGUAUUGUAAUAAACAAAAAGGAGAGAAAAGGCUUCAUCUCUCUCUUCAUCAAAGCAUUGGGCUCUUCACCAACGCUUCGUUUUCAUUUCAGUUCCCUUUUUUAAACUUUUUUUCUCUCCACGAAACUAAAAAAUCUCUUUGAAAUUUUAUAAUUUUGGGGGAAAUUUUCGUAAUCUAGGGCUAGGAUUUUUAAAUAAAAAAGAAAAAAAAAACAUGACGUCUUCGGUGGAUUCAAACUCACAUGGAAACCUAGACGAGCAGAUUUCGCAGUUGAUGCAGUGCAAGCCCUUAGCGGAGCAAGAGGUUAGGGUAUUAUGUGAUAAGGCUAAGGAGAUACUGAUGGAUGAAAGCAAUGUUCAGCCUGUGAAAAGUCCUGUUACAAUAUGUGGUGAUAUUCAUGGGCAAUUUCAUGAUCUUGCAGAGCUUUUUCGAAUUGGGGGGAAGUGUCCAGAUACAAAUUACUUGUUCAUGGGAGAUUAUGUUGAUCGUGGUUACUAUUCAGUUGAAACUGUAACACUCUUGGUAGCUCUCAAAGUGCGUUACCCCCAACGGAUAACUAUUCUGAGGGGAAAUCAUGAGAGCCGUCAGAUUACUCAAGUGUAUGGGUUUUAUGAUGAGUGCCUAAGGAAGUACGGCAGUGCCAACGUUUGGAAGAUCUUCACUGAUCUGUUUGAUUAUUUUCCACUAACAGCAUUGGUUGAAUCUGAAAUUUUCUGUCUCCAUGGUGGGUUAUCUCCAUCCAUUGAAACCCUGGAUAACAUACGAAACUUUGACCGUGUUCAAGAAGUUCCUCAUGAGGGUCCUAUGUGUGAUCUUUUGUGGUCCGACCCUGAUGAUCGGUGCGGAUGGGGCAUUUCACCUAGGGGUGCCGGAUAUACCUUUGGCCAAGACAUAUCCGAGCAAUUUAACCAUACAAACAGUUUGAAGCUGAUUGCUAGGGCUCAUCAGCUGGUCAUGGAAGGAUACAAUUGGGGUCAUGAACAAAAGGUCGUUACUAUAUUUAGUGCGCCAAAUUAUUGCUAUCGAUGUGGAAACAUGGCCUCCAUCUUGGAAGUAGAUGAUUGCCAGGGUCAUACAUUCAUUCAGUUUGAGCCGGCUCCAAGGAGAGGAGAGCCAGAUGUGACCCGGAGGACACCCGACUACUUCCUAUAAAAACAAACUGGCAUUGAAUCAACGAGUCUCCAGCGAUUGGUCCCUGUCAAUGGGCUUUUCCGGGCGGUUGGGUGGCAGCAAAGCCAUCGUAUAAGGCUGAUCACACUGAUGAGAAUCCAUGGCAGAAAAAAGGAUCACCGCAAGAGCUGGUAACACAAGCAUAUGUACCAUUUCCAGCAAACAAUGAGACAAUUUAUUUAUUUUCCAUUGAUUUUAAUUUUUGUUUUUUUGAGGCUUGGGAAGAUCUGUAGAAGAAAGAUGCCGAGAACAUUUGCCCUAUAAUUAAUGCUUUUUUUUUCGACUA